UCGCGCCGGAGACAGCGGCAUUCAGAGCUCAGUGGUUUGUUGAGCGAACCGGAGCCGUGAACGGGACCAAUACACAGUCACCGACAUCUGACCAAAGGGGAUUUUAAGUUUCUCUUUCUUUUUCCCCUCCGCAUAUUGGAUUUAUUUUUUCCGCUCAACAUGGCUGUGACUCAAGCUGGAUGUGAUUUGACUUACUGCAAAAUGAGGGGAAUUGUCUCAGUUCUCGCCGCUUUCAUCAAGGAGAGAAAAAUGGGGCUGAACGACUUCAUCCAGAGGCUGGUGUCAACCCCACAUAUCUGCCAACAUGCUGAGGUCAACAACUUCCUCAAGAUUGAUGAGAAUCAGAACGAGGAGGUGGAAGUUGAUCAGCUUCCUGAUAGUCCGAUGUUCCUGCAUUCAAGAAGUUCCCUAGCUGAAGAGACUCAGAUCAAACCCUGUGAUUUUGACUACCUCAAAAUCAUUGGCAAAGGCAGUUUUGGAAAGGUUCUUCUGGCUCGACACAAGGAGACCACCAAGUACUACGCUAUCAAAGUUCUCCAGAAGAAAAUCAUCUUGAAGAAGAAAGAGCAAAAGCAUAUCAUGGCCGAGCGAAGUGUGCUGAUGAAGAACAUCAAGCAUCCCUUCCUGGUGGGGUUACACUACUCCUUCCAGACUACUGACAAACUCUACUUUGUGCUGGACUAUGUCAAUGGUGGAGAGCUUUUCUACCAUCUUCAGAGAGAGAGGGUCUUCCUGGAGCCCAGAGCCAGGUUCUACGCUGCUGAGAUUGCCAGUGCCCUUGGCUACCUCCACUCCCUGCAUAUUGUUUACAGGGACCUCAAACCUGAGAACAUCCUCUUAGAGUCACAGGGCCACAUUGUCCUGACAGACUUUGGCCUCUGCAAAGAAGGCCUGGAAGCCAAUGGAACCACAACGACCUUCUGCGGGACCCCCGAGUACCUUGCUCCUGAGGUUCUCCAGAAGCAGGCAUAUGACCGCACCGUCGACUGGUGGUGCCUGGGAUCUGUGCUCUACGAGAUGCUCUAUGGACUUCCCCCUUUCUACAGCCGCAACACAGCUGAGAUGUACAACAACAUCCUGCACAAGGCUCCUGUGCUCAAGCCCAAUGUGUCAAACGCAGGCAGGGAACUGUUGGAGGGGCUCCUGCAGAAGGACCGCACCAAGAGGCUGGGAGCAAAGGAUGAUUUUCUUGAGCUCAAGCACCAUUCCUUCUUCUCCCCGAUCAACUGGGAUGAUCUGAUGGCCAAGAAGAUCACACCUCCAUUUAUCCCCACAGUGACCGGGCCCACAGACCUGCGACACUUUGACCCCGAGUUCACCCACCUGCCUGUGUCCUCAUCCCUGUGCAACAAUGAGGUCGUGGCUGUGACCAGCAGCAUCAAGGAGGCGGCUGGAGCCUUUCCGGGUUUCUCGUACGGGCCACCGGCAGAUCACUGCUUCAUGUGAAUGCCUGCGGCUCAGUCCUGAUAAUCCGGAGAAUUGACUGGAAACAGGAAGCAUGUUCUGGAUUGAGAGACACACAGUCUGAGUCUGAUGUAGGGACAACAGUGGAGCGGCCUGCCUGCAAAACAACACACGGUUUGCUCACAGGAUCUAACAGACACAAUAAACAUGAAUGCUGGGGGACAGAUGUUGAGGGAUCAUGUGGAUGACUACUGUACAGAUUGGGAUUCACCUCUUCCAACACCAAUGGUCCGACUCUUCUGCCUUGAACCCCAAGACUGAAAAACUGUGUGCCAAGUUGAAAAUUUGGAUGCACUUUUGUACUUUGGGGUCAUAAGUCAUUGUGAUCUGAUGGCUAUGGGCCCCGCCACUGUAGGUAAAGUGACAUGAAGAAAAGUGCCUGAGGUUCAAAAGGCAGUUUCAGCAGCAGCAGCAGCAGCAUUAUGAUAACCCGAAACCAUCUAAUAUGUUUGGACUUCCAACUUGGGUGGUAGCCGUUGAGGCUGAUGCCUUCAUUAUAUGUCUGCAUAUGUAACCUUUUCAAAAUUCAUGGUGCGUUUAAUACUGUUUUUUUGUUUGUUUGUUUUUUCACAUAAAUGCUCAGUUGCACUCAAGGAAACAAGGGUCAGGAAAAGUAAAAUGCCCACUUUUAACACCCUUGGCUGUUGUAGCUUGGUUUGGACAGCUGCAUAUCGUUGCACCUCUGAAAUCAUAUCUCUAUUUUGGACAAAUUAGUAAAUUGCUAUGGCAUUUCAUUGCUUCAUACUAUUAGAAUUACUUGGACCAAACAAUUAGGUACUCUAUAAAAAAAAAUCACUUAAAAAACACAAAAAAUACUUCUUUUCUGACCAGUUUGUCCUCAUACACUUAAGAUCAAAGUUAUACUAUGUAGAAGAAAAUGUUACAAUAUGUAUUUUAUUGCAACACCACUUUUCCAUGUUCUUAUAUCCACGUCCAUUCAUUGUUUACUUUGACGUUUUAACAAAGUCCUGUAUGUUAUAAAUGAGUUUUAAAUGUUCUGUCGCAUAUGCUCCCAUUGAAACGUACAGUUCCUGUGGGGGUAUAUGUCUUAUUUUUGCUUUCCUGCAAUUCUUUUUUCAUUUGCAAUCAGCGAUCAGUGUGUAAAUCCAUAACGUCUGCUGUUUGUAGACUGAAAUAUUCUACUUUAACAAUCCAGAGAAUGCGAUAUAUAUAAAGUUCAACCAGCAAUAAUAGGCCCGCAUAAAUUCUAGCACAUAUGAAUCUUGUUUCUUUCCAUGUGAUUGCAAACACUUUUAUUGCAAACACUUCAGACAAAUUAUUAGAAUCUGUUUUAUGUUUUUGUGCUAUGCAUCAUGUAAAAAAAACAAAGAAAAAGACAGAGUGCAAGUAGCUAGAAAAGAACUGUGAAUGUCUUGUGCCUGUUCAAGGCGGCCUGACCCAUGUGUAUGUACAUAUCACUUCUCCCAGACACAAAUCUGUAUAAAUGUUGUUAAAGAACCACUAGGUGGAGCAGGAUCUCAUACUAACUGUCCAGCCACUGUUGCACAUGGUUCUGGAGAGUGCAAUAAUAUCUCAUUGGCUUUCAAAGAAUAAUGACCAUUUUAUCAUUUCCUUCCAUGGGACUGUAAAUUGUAAUUUAUGACCUGACAUUUACUGACGGAGGGUCUGUGCUCAGCAUGUAUUUGUAAAGAAACGGAGAGUCAUCGUGCUUUGUUUUGCCCCUUGUCAUGACUCCACAGUUAAGACUGACAAGCAUACUAUACUCUGAGUUUUCAAGCCUGCUGAGAAUCACAAAUAAGGCAACAUACAGCUCUGUACCAUUUUCUUCCAUAUUUGGAAGCUUUAAUCACAUGUUUUGUUUUGUUUUUAAAUUAGUUUUUUAUUUUAUUUUAUUCUAUUUUCUUCAUGUAUAUUUAUUUACAUGCCAUUACAUAUAUUGUACUUCUACUGUAUAAAGACUGGAGGAUACUUUCCUUGUAUGGAUCAAAUAAAAUAUUAAACUGUAAUCUGUUUCAGAAAUGGUAAAUAAAUUCUCUAAACUGAAA